GGAUGCGUGUGCGGAAGGAGGCUCGCGGGCCGGUGACGCAUGCCAAGCUCCAGCGGUGGAAGGAUAAUGAGGAUGCGAUGAGGAGGAGGAGGAUGUUUUGACUCACUCACCCUGCCAGCCGCUCUUGCAAUCCUCCCAACCUCUCGCCUCCUUUGCGUGACUUUUCUCAUUUCAUCCUUGCCGAAGGCGAGCAAAACAGAUGCCUUGAAAGAGACUUAGACGGAAAGGGAUUUUUUUUCGGACUGAACAUCGGGCGUCGCUCCCAUUUGAAUGGCUUCCCCAUUUUUCCACUAGCCAUGUCCCAAUCCCAGAUUUGAAACCUGCAGUGUUGGGAGAUCAUGGAGGCCGUCGACGUGCCAGUGGGGAACCUCAUUGACUUUGACUCAGAGCCAUCCUCCACGUCCGAAUCUGUCGCCAACGCACCUCUGUCUGCCAAUGGUAACGGGUUCCUAGACCACAUGAAGGACAAUGACGAUGAUGUAGUCGAAGAGGAGAGUGAUGCCACGGAGUCAGCCGACAGCGAGAACGACACCACGGACUCUCCCACCCAUCACAGCUGGAACAACCACCGCCGGUCCUCAUCGGAAUCCUAUUCUUCCAACCAGAGCACCGAGUCCGCCAAGGACGAAGCCACGGUGGAGCAACGCGAGUUCAUUCGGCAAUAUGUGGAGAAGCUCUUUGCUGGCGGAGAGGAGUUUGACCAAGAAGAGAAGGCCAGGUUUGGGGAACUCUGCAGCGGUGAAAACGCCAAAGGCCGGGAGUGGUUUGCCCGAUACGUGAGCGCCCAGCGCUGCAAUUCCAAGUGCGUUUCGGAACAGACGUUCUAUCGGCUCGUUCAGUCCUUUGCGGUGGUGCUCUUUGAGUGCUUCCAAAUGGAUGACUUUAGUCCUGCCAAGAACCUGAUGACCAUGUGCUUUACUUAUUAUUACAUCGGGAAGCCGCAAGCCCUGCCUCCUGAAUCCAAGGAGAAGGCAUCCGGCAGCAUGGAUUCCUACCUGAAGUCUGCAAACACCUGGUUGGCAGAGAAGAAGGACAUUGCGGAGCGGCUCCUGAAGAACACUUCAGCCAAAACGGAGAACGUCAAGGGCUUUUUCGGGAGCUUUGAGAGCAAGAUGAAGGGCCCUGUCCCCAAGAAAAAUGAAAAUGGUGAAGAAAAGCCAAAGGAAAGGAUCCAGAAAUCAGUUUCCCUAUAUAGUCCUGAAGAAGAAGAAGAGAAAACAGGGGAGAAGAUUUACUUGUAUAUGCAUCUGAAGCAGCAGCCCAUUUGGCAUACCUUGAGGUUUUGGAACGCGGCCUUCUUCGAUGCUGUCCAUUGCGAAAGGCGGAAGCGGUCCCCCACCACCAGAGGGAAGGCUGGAGAGGAAGAGGAAACGAGGGAGAAAUGGUGCCAUAUGACCCAAGAAGAACGGGACGACAGCCUCCGCUUUAAUGAGAACAUCACCUUCGGGCAGUUGGGGACUUUCACUCACAACAUGCUGGCGUUUGGGUUGAACAAAAAGCUUUGCAAUGACUUCCUGAAGAAGCAAGCCGUGAUCGGCAACCUGGAUGAAGAGCAAUUCAAGCUGCUCAGCGACCACAUUGAAGAAAUGGCUGCUGAAUAAUGGAAUCGUGGGGAAAAUUGAGAGAGAGAGACAGCCAGUUGGGGUUGAAAUACGGCCACUGACCGGAAGAUUGAAACGGGCGUUGAACCGCGGAUGAGGACAAAGACGGACCUGCAUGACUGCCAUCCAACCGCGUUGCGCUGCUCCCCGUCAAAGACGUCCCGGGACACCACGUCCCAUCAUCCACAGCCUCCCCUCCCUUUGGGGCCUUUGGACUGAAUGGACAGGACAUGGAAGGGUUGCAUCGAAGCGCAUGGGCAGGGCUGGACCCUUGCAGUGGGGAGAGCGGCCUUCGUUCGCAGAGGAAGGGACCCUCGUUUGCCUUCCCUCUUGAGCCUCGCUGCCGAGUAUUUUGUGUAUCUGUCUGUGUCAUUCUUUUUCUAGCAGAGUGUGUACAAAAGGGAGAAGCACACAGCAUCAUCCCUGGUGGCUUUCCAGUCAUUUGGAAAGCCCUCCCUCCCUCCCUUCAUUUCUCUCCUUUUCUUUCUUCCUUUUUUAUCUCUAUCCUUUCUUUCCUUCUUUCUUUUCUUCCCUCCCUCCUUUCCUUUUCUUUCACCCUCCUUCCCUUUCCUCUUUUUUCUUUCCCACUUUCCUUUCUUCUCUCUCUCUCUCUCACUCCUAUCCUUUUCUUUCAUCCUCCUUCCUUUCCUUCCUAUCUUCAUUCCUUCUUCCUUCUCCUUCCUUCCUUUUUUCUUCCUUCCUUCCUUAUCCAUUCUUUCCCCCUUCUCUCUCACUCCCUCUCUUUUCUUCUUCUCUUCCUUUCCCUUCCUCUUUCUCCUUUCUUUUUUCUGUCUCUAUCCUUUCUUUCCCUCUUUCUUAUCUUUCCUCCCUCUUUUUUUCCUUUUCUUUCAUCCUCCUUUUACGUUUUCUUCCCUUCCCUUUCUUUUCCUCUAUCUUACCAUUUCUUUCCUUUUUCACUUCUUCUUCCCUUCCCUUCCUUCUUCCUUUUCUUUCUUUUCAACCUCUAUUCCCCUUUCUUCUCCUUCUUCCUUUCUCCUUCCAUUUUCUUUCAUCUUCCCUCUCCCAUUCAUCCUUCUCUCCAUUCCUCCACUUCCCUUCUUUCUUCUCCUUCUUCCAUUCUCCUUCCUUCCAUUUCUUUUCACCUUUCCUCUCUCUGUCUUCCUUCUCUUCCCCAUCUUCAUUUUGUUUCUUCCUUUCCCUCUUUUUCCUUCCACCCUUCCUUACCCCCUUUGUUCCUUUUUCUUUACUUCUUCCUUCCCCUUACACUUUUUCAUCCCCCUUUAUUUCCUUCCUUUCUUCCCUUUCACCCUUCCUCUUCCUUUCUUCUCUUCCUUCCUCUUCUUUUUCCUUCUUCCUUUCCCUCCUUCCUUUCUUCCCUUUGGCCCUCCCUCUCCCCUAUCUUCCUGUCUUCCUUCCUCUUAUUUUUCUUUCUUUCUUCCUUUCCCAUUUUCUUUUCUUCUUCCUUUCUUCCCUUUCACCCUUCUUCUUCCUUCCUUCUCUUCCUGUUUUCCUUCCCCUUCUUUUUCCUUCUUCCUUUCCCUCCUUCUUUUCCUUUCCUUCCUUUCUUCCCUUUCACCAUCCCUCAUCCUUCCCUUCCUGUCUUCCUUCGUCUUCUUUUUUUCUUUUUCUUUCUUCCUCUCACUCUUUUCUUCAGACACAUUUUGAGUGGAGAAAUCAGGACAGGGAUCCAUCCCCCUUUGCUUUGCUUUGCUUUGCAUUUGGUUUUGCAAGCGAACGCAACAGAGUGAAAUUUGCAAGGGAAGUGAAGUGUGCAAGGAAGCCAACUGCUGCCGUUUUCAUUCCGAGGGUGUUUUUGUUUCAAGUAUAUAUAAAUAAACUCUUGUCCUAGCAGUGACUCUCCUCCCUGGUAGAUCUCAGAGCCAUCGUGGGCUUCUCAGCCUGAGAAGAUUACUCCUUGCCAUCUGUCACAGUCUUGGCGACAAUCUGACCCUUCUUAGCGUGAAACCGUCGAGUACAGCUUUGUUCCUUUUUAUGUAUUACUCAAUGUUUCUGGAUAAUUUGGCAUUGAGCCUUGUGACUCUUAGCCAGGAUUUAGGAAAUCCCACCAUCCCCUCUACAUUGUGAUAAUAAUAUUCCAAUAUUUUGGAUAUUAUUAUUAUUAUUAUCAUUAUUCCUUCAGUAGUAUUAUGUCACUGAACAAGAUCUCUUAAAAAUAGGAGAAGUUAACAUACAAUUCCCAAAUAUUUUUUAAUUCUAUUCCAGGGGAACAGAACUAUCAUCUGCUUAUUAAAAAGGAAUUAAAAAUCUCACCAACAAAUAUUGCAAUUUCCUGCAAACUUUCAUUCUUAUCCUGCAUUUCCUGUCCUGUCCUGUAGAGGGCACCAAAGGACAGAUAACUAGCAAUAUAGUCACUUCCUGUUAAGGUGGUUGUUAUCAUCAUCAUCAUCACCAUAAUUAUUAAUAUCCUGCUUUCCUCUGCAUAAUGAGACUAUUGUUUCCAUGAUCAUGGGUUGCAUUUAUUGUGUAUGGGAGCCAAGCUUUGAAACUUCCAAUCGUAUCUUAAUUUGCAAGAUGUUAUGUUCCCAUUGCUGAAUUAUUUUGCAAAUCUACAACUUCAGAGUUUUCCUCUGUCCCCCCACUUUUUCCUAAAUGACGCUUGAAUCCUCCUCUUAACACUAGAAAUAUCUUAACCUUAAAUAUUCUGCAGUUUUGUUGUUAUUGUUGUUAAGAGCCACCCACCCCCACCCCACCCCAUAGGAUGCGGUUGCAAAGCCAAACCUUUCAGUAUAUCAUCUCCGUAUAUAACUGUGGAAUUCUAUUGAAUUUUUAUAUGCAUACAUAUAUAUAUAAACCGUAUAAGAUAUAUUCGGAUGUGCUGAGUGAGAUUCUGUGAUGACUGAUGUAUUAUGCCAAGACGAUGUGAUUGGUAUCCUUUGUGGAAUAUUGUGGUUUUUAACUCAUGUAUAGAAAGUGUUAUCGAGUCCUGGUUAUUAAAGUUUUGGGAAGUUCAAUAAAAUAAUCUUUCUGUC